AUGGCCAAACAUGGGAUUGUCUGUUGUUUGCAAGGGCAUGCCCAUGGCAACCUGAUGGUCAUGGCGAAAGCCGUGACUGAGGAUGCCCUAGCCAAGUCCACACCAUUGCCCUUGCGAUCCCGAGCGGAUGAUGCCAUACGUCCGCGGAGCCCGCGGACCCCUGGCACGCCUCGCCCCGCUGAAUCGGGACGUGCCAGCGACAGGACCAGUCCGCGGCCCAGUCCACGGCCGAGUCGGGAGGCCCGGAAGGGACAGGACUCCGAGCUCUCCCAGUGUAUCGAUGCUUUGUACAGGCACCGCAAGGAGACACUGCGCUUCUUGAGGCGGUGCGAGGACUCCCGUGAUCUAAAGUUACUGCGUGCAGCACUCGACCCACAGCCGUUUCGCCAGGAGGGCACUUCCCGGAGCCGCGCUCCGGUACGUGCGGUUCAUACGACACAGAAGCUGGUGCGGGAGUGUGAGGCAACUCCGCUUUCAGCACCGGACUAUGUUUGGUCACCGGAAACUUUGGGUUCCGUGGCUGCCAGAGGUUGGCAGUGCUUGGCUGCUCCAGUGAACGCCUCGGUGAGUACAGUACAGUUUUGCCCUGGCCACACAUUCUGA